UACUUCCAAACCAUCUCAUCAUAAACUAAAAACACAUACAAAAAACAUUCUCAUCCACCUUUCCUCUACAAACAACAUAACAACAUCUUCAACAAUCAUGUCUGGAGUUUGGGUAUUCAAGAAUGGUGUUGUCCGUCUAGUGGAGAACUCCGAUUGCCACGGGGCGAACGGACUCCGAAAAGUUCUUGUACAUCUUCCUAGUAAUGAAGUCAUCACAUCAUAUGCAGUACUUGAAAGGAAACUGUACUCUCUUGGAUGGGAGAGGUACUAUGAUGAACCUGAACUUCUUCAAUACCACAAAAAAUCAACUGUUCAUCUUAUUUCUCUACCAAAGGAUUUCAACAGGUUCAAAUCCAUGCAUAUGUUCGAUAUCGUCGUCAAGAAUCGCAAUGAAUUUGAGGUUAGAGAUAUGUAAACAAAAUAUGGAAAGAAAAAAAAGGGAAGGAGUUGAUCAUUUGAAUGUUUUUUUUUUUGCUUUUUUUUGUGGUCAAGUGUGUUGUAAUUAAGUUUCUAUCGUUUAAUUUGUGAUUUGUUUUACAAUGUUGCAAAGGUUGUAAUUUGGAAAGUUGUAAGGGGGAAAAUGUAGUAUAUUAUUACAAAUGAAUGUGUUUUAUUAUAUGAUAUAUAUAUAUAUAUAUAUAAGA